AUGAGCAGCGGCAACAAUGGCGGCAGGAACGGGGGGCUGGAGCUCAACCUGAACCAAUCGCCUCCGCCGCCCCUGGCCGCAGCGGAGAGGAUGGAGGUGGACGGCGGUCAUGAUGAAGACGACGAUGACUACAGCAACGGCUCGUCGUCGCCUAGCUCGUGUGUGUCGUCGGAUGAUAGCCAUGGCGGCUGGGAGCCGUCGCCUAUGGCGAUCGGAGCGUGCGAGCGGUGCCUCUUGUACUGCAUGGUGACCAAGGAGGAGUACCCCGUCUGCAUCAACUGCAAGCAGCCCUUCCUUGUGGACGUCCUCCCUGCCGGCGACGACAAGAAGCGUGGCCAGCGCCAGUAA